GGUCAGAUGUCAUGUAAUCCUUCCUUUGGUGGCAUUGGAAAGGGGCAUUUAAUGAGGGAAGUAGAUGCCUUGGAUGGCCUGUGUUCUCGAAUCUGUGACCAGUCUGGUAUACAUUACAAAGUAUUAAAUCGGCGUAAGGGACCAGCCGUGUGGGGACUGCGAGCUCAAAUUGACAGAAAACUCUACAAACAGAACAUGCAGAAAGAAAUUCUGAAUACCCCGCUGCUUACUGUUCAGGAAGGAGCUGUUGAAGAUCUUAUUCUUACAGAACCGGAGCCUGCACACCCGGGGAAAUGCCGUGCCCGUGGUGUUGUUCUGGCUGAUGGAAGUGCAAUAUAUGCAGAAAGUGUGAUUCUGACUACUGGGACGUUUCUCAGAGGCAUGGUUGUAAUUGGAUUGGAGAUGCAUCCAGCAGGACGUCUGGGGGAUCAGCCUUCUAUAGGUUUGGCUCAGACUUUGGAGAAGUUGGGGUUUGCAGUGGGAAGGUUGAAGACAGGGACUCCACCCCGAAUUGCCAAAGACUCCAUUAAUUUCAGCAUUCUGAACAAGCAGACACCAGAUAAUCCGUCCCUGCCAUUCAGCUUCCUCAAUGAGACAGUAUGGAUUAAGCCAGAAGAUCAGCUGCCCUGUUACUUGACUCACACUAACCCAAGAGUGGAUGAGAUUGUCCUUGAGAACCUUCACCUUAAUAGUCAUGUUAAAGAAACUACCAGAGGACCCCGAUACUGUCCCUCCAUUGAAUCGAAGGUUUUGCGUUUCCCAAACCGUAUACAUCAGGUUUGGUUGGAACCUGAGGGAAUGGAUUCUGACCUCAUCUAUCCCCAAGGGUUAUCUGUGACACUGCCAGCUGAGUUACAGGAAAAAAUGAUAACGUGCAUCAGAGGCUUGGAGAAAGCUAAAAUGAUUCAGCCAGGCUAUGGUGUUCAGUAUGAUUAUUUAGAUCCCCGUCACAUCUCUCCUUCCCUGGAGACUCAUCUGGUUCAGCGGCUCUUCCUUGCUGGCCAGAUAAAUGGCACCACUGGUUAUGAGGAAGCUGCAGCUCAGGGUGUGAUAGCUGGGAUCAACGCCAGUCUCCGGGUCAGUCGCAAGCCUCCCUUUGUCCUGAGCCGAACAGAAGGCUACAUAGGAGUCCUGAUUGAUGACCUCACCACACUGGGCACCAGUGAACCCUACCGCAUGUUUACCAGCCGAGUGGAGUUCCGUUUGUCCCUGCGCCCUGAUAAUGCCGACAGCCGCCUCACGUUUCGAGGGUAUAAGGAAGCUGGCUGUGUUUCCCAACAACGAUAUGAAAGAGCUUCUUGGAUGAAGUCUUCUUUAGAAGAAGGCAUUUCUGUGUUGAAAUCUAUUGAGUUUUCAAGCUCUAAAUGGAAAAAAUUAAUACCACAGGCUCCUAUAAGUACUAGCAGAAGUCUGCCUGUCAGUGCUCUGGAUGUUCUGAAGUAUGAGGAAGUUGACAUGGAGUUAUUAGCCCAGGCUGUUCCAGACCCCUUGAGGAAGUAUACUCAAUGUAGAGAGCUGGCUGACAGACUGAAAAUAGAAGCCACUUAUGAAUCAGUAUUGGUCUUUCAACUACAACAAAUAGAGGAAGUUCAGCGAGAUGAAGCUCUUCAGUUGCCACAUGACCUAGAUUAUUUAUCUGUCAAGGACGUGUCUUUGUCCCAUGAAGUUCGAGAGAAACUGCAUCUCAUUCGUCCACGGACGAUCGGAGCUGCUAGUCGUAUACCUGGAGUGACACCUGCGGCCAUCGUCAAUCUGCUCAGAUUCGUGAAGACCACGCAGCAGAGCCGGGCCGCUGUGGACGAGCUGCCCAAGACUGACCAGUACUUACGUGACACAGACAGACUCCAAGAGAGAGAGUUAUAGCUUUCAAUUCAU